UUAAAGCCGGAAAGACGUUGUCGUCGUCGAAUCGUCUGUGUUUUGCUUUUAGUUUUACACCGCUUACGUCUGCCGGUUGCGUCGCUUGAGCUCAAAACUUAACCAGUUUCGAUUCGAAAUUCGCUUUCAGUUUCGUUUGCGAUACGCGAAGAUAAAGAAGCAACGGCGGCCACACAAAAGUUGCAGUGAGUAGCGACGUGCGAAGACAGUUCGGCUUGAGCUUAUGAAUCGCUGACGUGAGCAGCGGGAUUUCCACAUUUUCCCCCCAUCGUCACCACCCCACCAUCCCCCAAAAUGCAAUUGCUAUGGGAGCCGCGAAGUGUGCAAUGGAAAAUUGCAAUUCUAAUUAUCGCAUUAGUCCUCGACGUGUCGUGCAUAAGAAAUGGCAACGGUGAUGAAAAGCAGAUUUCGGUUAAGCUGAAAAACUUCUUUCCCUCGGAGGAGGUUUCAGGGGGUCAGAAUCCCACUGAAACCUCAGCACGAGUGACUUCCGGCGGAGGAUUCAGACCCUCCCAAAUGCUGGACUUUACGCCCUCUGAUGUGAUGCCGCAGGCUGGUUUCAAUCGCUAUCCCCCCAGCUAUUUGGAGCCGAACUACAAGCGUGAAGUGCCCAACUCAGUAGGUCAGCAGCAGACGGCACUGGACAAACAGUUCUCCUUUCCCGAGGGAUCGCACUCGGUCUUCCAGAGCACUCCGCUCCCCACAACGCCGGUGGUUAGCUACCUGGAUCCGUACACCCAGCAGAACUAUCGGUAUACACCCACACCGCCUUCCAUAAUUCAAUACCAACGGGAGCAGCCAGCUCAGGAUGAUCAGGUCUAUACCGUACAGUCAUCCCUCCUGGUGGGCAGUCACCAGCAGAACCAUCAGAACCAGCGUCCUGGCCACGUGGAGGAUGUGUAUCUAAAGCGACCCGGCUACGUCUUCGAUGAGAGCCCCGCCCCCUCGUAUCGAAGGCCCACAAGGCCGCCGCCUUCGCUGCCAGCCCCACCCACCACCGCCUCGCAGAAAAUAUCCUAUGAUAGCCAUGACUACCCACCGCCCAGCUAUGCGGCCGAGCAGACAUCCAAUUUUGUGCCCCAGCAGCCAAAGCAGCGACCACUGUACCAGCGCCAAGACAUCAAUGCGAAUCGAGGGGGAGGGGGAGGGGGUGGAGCAGGUGGAGUGGGUGGAGUAGGUGGACCACCACCUCCUGGCUCGUCUAAUUAUGCAAACAACUUUGAUAAUUAUUCGCAGCGGCCGAAUACACAGCAGACUCAGAUCCAGAACCCAAGCCAGGUACAGCCGCAGUUUGGAAACUAUCAGUAUCAAUACAACCCCCAGAAUGGAGUAGCAGGAGGUCCAGCAGGAGGCAGACCAGGAUCUGGACAGCCCCAGCGGCCCAGACCGGGACACAAUUACUACGAGUAUCAGAUUGGCGAGAUACCGCCACCGCAGUCGCAGCACUUCCAGCAGCCGCAGCAGCAGCAGUUCAACUAUCGUCCUGCCACUCAGUCACCGGGUGGAGGUCCAGGAUUAGGAGGAGGAGGAGGUGGAGGAGGAGUCGGAGGAGGAGGAGUAGUGGGCAAUGGUUUGGCCACCCUGGCCUCGCUGUAUGCACCACAAUUUACGAAUCUCCUCCUGGGGGGCGGUGGCUCCCCCUCCUCAUCCUCCCAGUCGGCCAGCCCAUUAGGCAGUCUCCUCGGCGCUUUCGCCGGGACACAAGGAGCAGGACACCAAAGUGGGGGUCAGGGCGGACGACCGCCCAACACACAACUCAUUAGGGCACUGGAGAACAUCGCUCGCAACGACGAUUUGCAGUGCGUGCCCAAGGUGCUCUGCCAGAUGAUUGCCGGUCAAACGUUACGUGGCCAAUUGCCCGGAUUCGUUACCUCCCCGGCCAUAACCAAUUUCCUCGCUGGAUUCCCUGUGGCAUCACCUGCCCUCAUUUAUGGAAGAGCUGCUCUUCUUGGGUUGAGUGGUGGAGAGCGGAGCUGCAUCCAGACCUACGAGAAAUGUCCUAAAAAUGAUAUGGAAAUCAUUCACUAUUUGAACAAUCACCGCGGCGGAUUCUUCAAGUUCUUCAGUGAGCCCGAGGAAACACCAGUGGCCUCGCAACAAGGAGAUGGCGGUACAGGAUCCCUGUUCAGCAUCCUUUCAGCCUUGACAGGCGGAGGAGGGGGAGGAGGCGGAAGUCAAAGUUACACCACUCCGAGACCUCCACCACGUCCCACCCAGCGACCCUCCACGGACAUUGCCAGUGGAAUCGGUAGCUUCUUCACCCAGGUGCUAUCUGAAUAUCUGAAUGGAGUGGAGUACCAACGAAGGAGGAGGAGAAGGAGUCUCAACCUGGAUGAUGACUUCCAUGACGAGGAGGACAACCUGGACACCCAAACCAGUCAGCUAGUGAAGUUUCAGGAUGAUGAGGAGGAGGAGGCGGCCAAGGCUCACACUGAACUCAUAGGUGUCCUGCAAUUUCCCGAAGAAGAAGGUGAAGGUCGGGUGAUAAACUUCAAGGACAUUCAAAGCGAGGAACAGCACGAGGAAGGAGCAGUCCGUUUUCCGGAUGCCACACCAGCGGAUGUUAUCCGGCUUUUUAAUCGCAAUGCGGCUCAACGAAAGCUGAGAUUUCCCCAGGAUCAGGAUGAACCAUCGGAAAAUGUGAGGAAAGCCAAGGAGUUAUCAUUCAUGGAGGGUUGGAAAGUCGUAUUGCCAAAUGGACUUUCCCAAUCUGAUUUGGGAGUGGAUAAGCGGAGGGGAAAACGGAUUGUGUUUAGGGAUACCAACGAACAUCUGGAUGAGCAGCGAUUGCAAGAGGAAAGGAUCAGGGAGGAGGAGCUGUUCAGAGAAGCGGAAUUGAGGGAAGAAAGGAUGUUAGAGGAGGAAAUCCGGGAACAAAAAGCUAGAGAGGAACUAUUCCGAGAAGAACAAAUCAGGGAGCAACAGCUCCGGGAAGAAGAACAAAUCAGGGAGCAACAACUCCGGGAAGAAGAACUACGAGAGAUCCAAGAAGAGCAGAUCCGAGAAGACAGAAUCCAAAGGGAACGACUCCAGAUCCAGCGCAUUCGAGAGGCACAGAAUAACCAACAGUCCUUUAAGGACGAAACCCCUCCUCCUCCAAAUGCCGUUUACGAAGAUGCAGCUCCUCCGCAACGAGGAGCCCGCGUCAUUUUCCCCGAUCACUACGAACAGCACAUUCGGAAGGGCAAGAUCCUCAAUAGACCCACCUACGCACCCACCUACGAGUACAAUGAGGUUGGACAGCCCAAGGAGGAUCGCCUGGUGGUGAGUGAUGAACACAGAGCCCAGAAUCACUACCGAUUGGAGGGCGGAUUCAAUUCCCUAAACCACGGCGAAUAUAUGCCCGGUAAUACGGUUCGUUUUGGAGAGACAACGAGUGAAAGACCCCACUAUAACUACCCGAAUGCAAACUACAUCAGUGAUAAUCGGUAUGGAAGCAGUCAAAAUCAAAAACCGCAUUACGAAGACGAUAAAAAUAUAUAUGUGACCAACUCGCAGGGAGUCAACGAGUACUACAUUCGUCCUGAUGGCGGUAAGGUCUAUCUAAAAACAGGUUAGGAUUAAGAACAUUGAAAUAGGUCAGUUUGUAUAGAUGCUUAAGAAAAUUAGUUUUUGCUUUGCUUUUAAAACAGAUUGGCUUUAAAUCCUACACCAUUCUUAUGGAAUUGUAAAUAAUAUUGAAAAAUCGAAUAAGCCUACUCUCCAAUGCAAUUCUUUCGCAUUUACAAAAAUGAAUAUCUGCAGUUUAAGUAGGCUAAGCAUCUUGUCUUCAAAUUUCUCAAUAUGUGUCUUUGAAAUAAUUUAUAAUUUGUAUUAGAAUUAAAUGCAAAAAUAAUUAAUCCUUGCAAAUUCAAACCUAUUAAGGGUUAACUACAAAGACCCGCACAGAGGCAGGCCACCACUUAGUCACAUAAGUCUGUAAAUAUUUAACGCUUUAAACAUAUAUUUAUUAAUAAAACACAAUUCAAUCAACCGAAAGUGUGCAAAAAGAUAAACUUUCUUCCUCGGCUUCCAUUGUUUCAACAAGUGAAACAAGCUGCCAGUGAAAUUGUCGCAUAAAUCUAGCGGCAAACGGCCUCAUCCAGGGAAUACGUUUGAAAAAUUAAAUGUGAUAAACCCGGACAAUAAUGGAAAUGCAAAAAUAAACAAAGAAAAAACACACGAAUAUUUUAGGUGAAAUACAAAAUACCCUCUGCUUAGUAUUCAAUUGAAUAGAAUCAAUGUCCAGU